CUUAUUUUUCAAAUGCCUCUGCUUUUUCCUUUCCAUCUAUAUAAAUCUGCCUCCUCUCAAGCCUUUAUCUACAGCCUUGGCCUUCAUAGUAAUCAAAAGACAAAAGAAUGGUGGUGGACAUACAGGGCAAGCUUCGCCUAGCUCUUGGCUCAGUUAAGGACCAUGCAUCAAUUGGUAAGGCCAUGAUUAAUUACAACCAUGAUGGCAAAGGGUUUUCCGACAUAGAGAUUGCAGUGCUGCGUGCCACUGGCCAUGAUAACGGCCCCAUAGAGGACAAAUACAUGCAUGAGAUCCUCUUCCUUGUCUCAAACUCCCCAGGAUCCAUCCCUUUUCUUGCUGAAAGGAUUUCACGCCGCCUCUGCAAGACCAGAGACCGCCUGGUCGCCCUCAAAACUCUUUCGCUCAUUCAUCGCCUCUUCCGCGGCGGCAACCGCUGCUUCGAGCAGGAGCUACGUAGGGCACAUGUUUCCGGCCACCUCCAAAUGAGCUCCCACUGCUUUCGCAAGAACUCAUCAGAUCCUUCUUCGUUUUCAUUCCUCCAUAGCUAUGCAGCUUAUCUCGAAGAACGAGUGGGAUGGGCCAUUAACCAAGCAGGAAAACUAGAACCCGUCAUGUUCAAUGGCCUGGAGUUUCGAUGUUAUGAGCAGAAGUCUGUUGAUAUGGUGUUUCGAAAGUUGCCCAAAUGUCAAGCGUUCAUAGAUAGAGUCUUGGAUUGUUCACCUCGUGAUAUUUUGCCUGCAGACAACUUGGCUCAGGCAGCCAUGAGCCAUACCUUGAAAGAGAGCUUCCAAGUUUACAUUAUGUUUUGUGAAGGCAUUGAAAAUCUUGUCAACAUGUUUUUUGAUUUGACAAUGGCAGCACGAAGUUUGGCAUGCGACAUACUCAAGAGGGCUUCUCGCCAAAGCAAAGAGCUUCAUGAUCUGUAUGAGAGUUGCAAACGAAUUAUUGAAAACAAGAAUCUGGAGUAUCCCAGUGUGCAGAUCAUCACCAUGGAUCAUGUUUUGGCAUUGGAGCGUUGCUCCAGCUUCAUGUCAACAAGUUCAUCAUCAUCAAUAAUGUGUAGGACUGGGGCCUCAACACCGAUUGGUAAAGAAAGCGAAAAGGAAGAAAGUGGUGAUAUUAGUUGGUCGUCAUCAACUCCAUUUUCAUGCACUCUGGAAACCAAAAUAAGCAAGGUUUGGGUUGUUUUUGAAGAAGAUUAUGGUGACUCGCAGGUGGCCAUGGAUGCUGUAUGAUGGUGAUCCUCAUCCUUCUGCUCCGUUUAAGGUGAGGGAAGGUUGUCAAUAGUAGAGAGAUAAAUCAAACUAUCAACCCGUGUAGCUUUGUCAACGCCAUUAUAACUUAGUGGACAAAGGAGUCCAAUUUUGCAGGAAUGAAUCCGAACCAACCAACAAUUUCACCUGUUGUAUGUAGGCUCGACUACCCUUUUCAUCAUUCUCCGUCGCAUCUUCUUUUGAAAUUCGAAUGUGUACCCAGCUGUCUAUGAUGAUGGCUGUUCCUCCAGAAAAUGAUAAAUCUAACUAAACAGUGAAGGUGCAAGGGACUC